GGGCAGGGCCGGGCCCGGUGCACAAAGCCCGGCGGGGUCCGUGCGGUGUCGGGCGCGAUGGGGCUGGCGGCGGCGCGGGGCUGGGCGCUGUCCCCGCUGUCGCCGGGCCCGGCGGAGCGCAGCCGGCCCUACGCUGUGCUGCAGCACCAGAACCUGGUGCUGCUGGGCAGCAUCCUCAGCGCUCUGCUGCUCACCAUCAUCCUCAUGGCCAUCUGUGUCUACCGGCCCGUCCGGCGGCGGUAGCGGAGCGGGACCCGCCGGGCGUCCAGGGAAUGCUGCAUCCCACCUGGUACCGACCAUCCCGGCACCGCUUCAGUCCUGCCGCUUCUCCCGGGGCACCGAGGGAAUGCUGCAUCCCACCUGGUACCGACCGUCCCAGCACCGCUUCAGUCCAGCCGCUUCUCCCGAGGCACCGAGGGAAUGCUGCAUCCCACCUGGUACCGACCGUCCCAGCACCGCUUCAGUCCAGCCGCUUCUCCCGGAGCACCGAGGGAAUGCUGCAUCCCACCUGGUACCGACCGUCCCAGCACCGCUUCAGUCCUGCCGCUUCUCCCGGGGCAUCGAGGAAAUGCUGCAUCCCACCGGUUCUCCCGUCUGGUACCCACCAUCCCGGCACUGCUCCGGUCCCGCCCGGUUCUCCCGUCUGGUACCCGUCACGGUCCUGCCGCCGCUCCCGUGAGCUGCCGAGGAUGCCCUGAGGAUGCGAGCGUGGCUUUUCACCCAUCUCUGCCCGUGCUGGAUCACAUGGCUCCAUGGUGAUGUGGUUUCCAGCAGUGCUGGGUGCUGGGAAUCACCCCCUCCCUCGGCGAACACUCCUGGAGCUGCUGGAGGUGUGGCCGCAGCAAACCCGUCUGGCUCGGAGCAGGGGCUGGAGCAACGCUCCUGCCUCCCAAAUCCCAGCGUUUUGGCGAGGCUGAUCCGACACCGUGUGCCCGAGAGCAUCCUCGGGGUGUGCAGGCACCCGGGGCCUGGAUUGUCACAAGAACAGGGCGAGAUUUGGGGACGUUGUCCGAGGAGCAGCUCCACGUGCUCAGUCACACCGCGACUACUUUUUUGCUUUCUGAUUAAUUCAGGUCUUUGUUUGAACGCUGAGUCCUGGGGGUUGGACGGGGCUUGGAGCAGCCUGGGAUAGUGGGGGUGUCACUGUCGGGCAGGGGGUAGAACAGGGUGAGCUUUAAGGUCCCAUUCCAAAAUAUUCCAAAGGUAAAAGCUCAGUGACCCACCCAGCAGUGGGUGGGGGGUCUGGUCUGUUCCUGCCUCUGAGCAGAAACCCUGAUGCAUGACUUGAUCCUGGUGUAGUUUUCCCGGGCCAGGCUUUUCACUCCCAACAUUAUUUGCUUUAACUCCUGGCUAAAAAGCCCCAAAUAGCCUCCCAUCAAACCAGCUCUGUUGGGAACUGGGGUGCAGGUGAGGGAUUCCAGCAUGUGCUGGUCACUGUCCUCCUGGAAACAGGAGCCUCCAAAGGUCUGCAAGCCAGGCAGAUGCUCUGGAAAUGUUUGAGCUACAGCCAGACCCAUUUUAUGCAGUUUCAGUAACAAGUGUUUACACUGAAUCCCAUUUCCAUACCAAUGCUGCUAUUUUGUUUUGCACUGCUACAAGUAGUAACUGGAUUUUACUAAUUAUUACUUUAAUAUUUAACAUAGGGGUGUUUUGUUUAGUAAUUUAUUUAGAGUUUUAAAAUCUUAACUUCCAGAAUAGUUGUUAUUGACCUGUUCUCAAGCCCUUGUGCUGCAUCUGAGGUGUCUUCCAUUCUGUUUGAAGGACACUGAGUGCUGGCAUUGAACAGGGAUUUUCUUUCUGUUUUGUGAAAUGACAGUGAGCCUGGCCUUGAACAGAUGGAGCUGUUAAUCCAAGAGUGAGGCAGCACUGUUCUAUUGCUUUCUGCUCUUCCUUUUGCUCCCUGAUUCCCGUGUUCCUGAUUUUUCUCAGUCCUUCAUCGCUGUGAAGCCUGGCCUGCAGCCUGUGCUGCUCCUGGGGGUGGAUGGUGAAGCUCCCAGCCCCAGCUCUGCAUUCCUGGGAGCAGAAAUCCUGUUUGCUCUCAUUCCUCACUCCCUGCUAUGCCUCUUUGUACAAAUAAAACGCUCAGUAAACAAUCCAGGCUCUUAUUUAUUCAUGGCUGUGCUGUUUGUUAUUAACUGGGCUGGAGCUCCACAAAGGGGUGAGGCUGUUCUGAUUCCCACCUCUGCUCCCCUCCUGGCUCCUGCCUUGUUUUUAGUGGGAUGGCAGUGCUGGGGGAACAUUUCCAUGGAUGUUUAAAAGCACAAUGGAAGCACAUCCCACAACAGUUGUGCAGUUUCCAGCAGCUCAGCUAUGAAUCAAAACUCAGCCAAAGCAGGGGAGGAAGGGUUUCCAAAUAAAGAAAAUCAGGAAUUGCUGCUGUAAAAAGCCUUGAAAUGGGGUCAAAAGCACAAAAAAAGCACAGUCUUGCUUUCAGGAUCUAACAGCAUCAACUUAAAGAACUUUUGAAGCUGGUUAUAGUUUUAGAAGAAGCUACAGAUGUUUAACUCUGAGCUUCUCUUUCCUCCAUCAGCCUCAAGCUGCCUCAGAGAGAGAGGUUGGACUCUGUUGUUACACAAGUCUUGGCCUUAAUAUUAAAUAUUAAAUAUUAAUAUUUAUUAUAUUAAAUAUAGUCUUACAAGAAGGUGUAGAAAGUCAUAAGGUUUCCUGCCUUUCACUGCCUUAAUGUCUGUGUUGUACUGAUUCUCCCUCUUCAAGACAAGGAGACUCAAAACUUUGCUGAA